AUGAAGGAGCUGGGGGUCUGCGUGCUCUUCGUGGAGCUGUGCGAGAGGCUAACGUUUUUCGCCGUGGCCUGCAACAUGAUCCUCUUCUGCACGGUGAAGCUGGGCUACCGGAAUCACCAGGCGGCCGUGGCCAACCUGAGCUUCGUGGGAGCCACCACCCUGGCCCCCUGGGCCGUGGGCUGGCUCGGGGCCCGGCUCUCCAGAAUCCGGCUGCUCUUCGUUUGCUCUCUGCUGCACGUCCUGGGCUGUGCGCUCUUAGCGGCCGUGGCCUUUCCCUUGGAAGAUUUCUACGUCGACUCCCAGCACCUGGUCGGUCUCCUCCACGGGAAGGCGCGGAUUCUCCUGUUCUCCACCGCGCUCUUGGCCGUCUGCCUCGGGGCCGGAGGGGUCAGAGGCCUCGUCUGCCCGCUGGGGACCUCGGACCCCCACCGGGUCUCGCCCGCGCGCCUCGUCUCCUUUUUCAGCUGGUCCUGCUGGUCGGCGAGCCUCAACGGAGCGGUGGUCUUUCUGGGCAUCUCCUACGUUCAGCAAGCGGCCGCCCAGAACCUGGUCUUCCUCCUCCCCUGCCUUUCCGCCCUCAUGGCCUUCGUCUCCCUCCACGUGGCCUGCGGACACCUCCGCCCGCCGCCCCGCCGAGGGGUUUCCGCGCGGACCACCGUGGGGGUCCCGGUCGAGGUGUGGGGAAGGGGCCUCGGGAGAGCCGGCCCCUCCGGGGAGACGCGGGUGGAAGACGUCAAGGCCCUGGUCGGCCUCUUCCCCUACCUGGUGGCCAACUUCAUCUACCGGGCAGCUUCCACGCAGAUCCCGGCGGGAUACUACCUGCAAAUGAUGAAUUCCACGCUGAGUCUGAAGGGGUUUCUCCUCCCCAUCGCGGCGAUGAAUGUCGUCAGCUUGCUCCCGCCGCUGGUCCUGCUUCCGCUCUUCGACGUCGCCCGCGGCCUCUGGUCCUGCCCCGACGGGGGUCUUCGGACCCCCUCGGCAGCCAUCGUUGCUGGCCACCUGGUAGCCGCCCUGUCGUUAGCGGCCGCCGGCUUCACGGAGAUGCACAGGAAAGGCUUUCCGCUGGUGGAGCAGACGUUGUCCGGCAAGGUGCUGCUGGCGUCCGCCAUGCCCUGUGCCCACCUCACCCCCCAGUACGCGCUCCUCGGGCUGGCCGAAGCCUUGGUGGCCCCGGCUUGUUCCGUCCUCUCUUUCCGGCUGGUCCCCCGAGCCCUGCGGCCCGUUUCGGGGAGCUUGCUGACCGUCUCCAACGGCCUGGGCUGCCUCCUGGGCGCCGGCCUGGUGUCGAGCGCCCACCUGGCCUCCCAAGGGAAUUGGUUUCCGAGCUUCUUGAACAGUGGAAACCUGGAGAAAUUCUUCUUCUUUUUGGCAUCGUUGAUGUUGCUUUCCGCCCUCGGGUUCUGGACUGUUUCACCCAGGUACCAUCCUCUAAAUCAAUCUGAUGAUCCCGGGAUGGGUGAAAGCGAUCUCGAAGGCGCCCUUCUCCUUUACGGCACGUCCCCAAGACGUUACGGCAGUUCCCUGGAAUUCUCUUCCACGCUGGACUGUUUGGAAACAACCCUGUGAUGAGCACUCUUCCGAGGCGGUCACCGCGGUGCAGGGCAGCCGUUCUUUUUCCAGGGCGUUAGUCUCUCUGUCAGUAGUAGUUUGUAGUAUUAGAAGGGAUAAAGUUUUAGCCUCAUCACCGCUGUCAUCAUCGACGGUAUUUACUGAGCGCUUACGAUAU